AUGUUGUAGCCUUGCACAUUGUUAAAAUACUAUUACUAACAUUUGUGCGGCUGUUGGUUUGCAAUAUAACAAAACUUUUUUGUCAAUAUCAAGAGCAUACAUGUUGCUAUAUAGUGUAUAGUAACGACGCAUCGAACCGAUAACGUGAAGUCGGUAGCGUCGUUUUCAUUUCUUUCGUACAGCUGAUGACUGUACUCAAAUGAUGAUUGUGCAAACGAAAGUGUCGGAAUUGUUUCCGCAUUUUUAAUUUGAGUUGAAUUGGAUAUUUUACUUCGACUUUGAUAAGAUUUCUUCUAAAUAGCUAAAAUGGAGUUGGCGGGACAGGGUCAGGUGCAAAAUUCUUCCAAUACUAAUGAUGGUUCUGAAAACAAGGGAAGUUGUUUAUUACUACGAUAUGCUAGUCAGAACUCUUUGGACGAGAGUUCACAAAAACAUAUACCCCGAGAAAGUGGAAAAGACAAGCCACCUUAUAGAAAUCAUCAUCACACAAAUCGAGCUUUUGAUGUUAUUAAUGAAAUGAGAAAGAAGAAUUUACUGUGUGAUGUAAUAUUGGUGGCUGAUGGAGGAAUGGAAGUACCUGCACAUAAAAUGGUCCUUGCUGCUUGUAGCCCUUAUUUUUAUGCUAUGUUCACAAGUUUCGAGGAAAGAGAUCAAGAAAGAAUAACAUUACAAGGAGUUGAUUACUCUGCAUUAGAAUUAUUGGUAGAUUAUGUAUAUUCUGCAGAAGUACAUGUCACUGAAGAUAAUGUACAAGUGUUGUUGCCAGCUGCAAAUCUUUUACAACUGACUGACGUACGUGAUGCAUGCUGUGAUUUUUUACAAGCUCAGUUACAUCCAUCAAACUGUUUAGGAAUUCGUGCGUUUGCUGAUCUCCAUGGAUGUCUAGAGUUACUAUCACAUGCUGAUAGUUACAUUGAACAACACUUUUCGGAAGUAGUGGAUGGUGAUGAAUUUUUAACAUUAGCACCGCAGCAGGUUGCUAAAUUAAUUUGUAGUGAUCGUUUAAUGGUACCUUCUGAGGAAAAAGUAUUUGAAUGUGUAAUAUCGUGGGUACAUCAUGAUCUAGAAAAGAGACAAACUGAUUUAGCCCAAUUAAUGGAACAUGUGCGUUUACCCUUACUCUCACAGGAAUAUUUAGUUCAACGUGUAGACGAAGAACCACUUCUGAAAGCAAAUUUACAAUGUAAGGAUUUUUUGAUUGAAGCUAUGAAAUAUCAUUUAUUAAAAGGAGAACAAAAAUCAUUAUUUAAAACACCUCGUACAAAACCUAGACAACCAAGAGGGUUACCUAAAGUGUUGUUAGUGGUUGGAGGACAAGCUCCGAAAGCAAUUAGAAGUGUUGAAUGUUACGAUUUUAAGGAAGAAAAGUGGUAUCAGGUUUCUGAAUUGCCGACACGUCGGUGUAGAGCAGGUUUAUCCGUCCUGGGUGGUCGUGUGUAUGCUGUUGGUGGAUUCAAUGGAUCUCUUAGAGUACGAACAGUUGAUAUUUAUGAUGCAGCUACAGAUCAGUGGUCACCUUGUCCAGAAAUGGAAGCAAGAAGAUCAACACUUGGUGUAGCAGUUCUUGGCAAUUGCAUUUAUGCUGUUGGUGGAUUUGAUGGUUCAUCUGGUUUAAAUUCCGCGGAAGUAUACGAUCCAAGGACACAUGAAUGGAGGCUAAUUGCACCAAUGUCAACUCGUAGAAGUAGUGUUGGUGUAGGUGUUGUUAAAGGAUUACUGUAUGCUGUUGGUGGUUACGAUGGAGCAUCACGGCAAUGUCUUUCCAGUGUCGAAUGUUACAAUCCAGAAAAAGAUCAAUGGAAGCCAGUACCUGAUAUGUCUGCACGUCGUAGUGGAGCUGGUGUUGGUGUUUUGGAUGGAAUUUUAUAUGCUGUAGGAGGUCAUGAUGGUCCUUUGGUUAGAAAGAGUGUUGAAGCUUUCAAUCCGGAUACUAAUCAGUGGACUGCAGUUAGUGAUAUGGCCCUUUGUCGUAGAAAUGCUGGUGUUGUUGCGCUGAAUGGUCUCUUGUAUGUGGUGGGAGGUGACGAUGGCGUAUCAAGUUUGGCGUCUGUGGAAGUGUAUUCUCCAAGAACUGAUACUUGGACGACCCUUCCAACAUGUAUGGGAAUUGGUCGGAGCUACGCAGGUGUUGCAAUAAUUGAUAAACCAUUACCGUCUACAACAUCAAUGUGAGGAUUGCAAUCCGCUGGGCAUGGAACGGAG